AUGGCGAGCGCGCAGACUACUGGCGCCGCCAGCUUCCUGAAACUACCUACUGAGUUGAUGGACCAGAUCGCUAGUCUCCUUCCUCGAUCGGCCCUGCGCGCACUUGCCCUGACGUCAAAGAAGGCGAACGUCUCCGCGACCGACACCCUCUACAAGACCUACCUCAACCGCACCGCGCCAGCGAAGGCGCCCUUCCAUCUCUUCCUCCGCACGGUAUGCGAGCGCCCCGAUCUUGCGGCGAAGGUGAAGCUUGUCGACAUCCGCGGAUGGCGUUCGGAGUAUGAGGUUGCGACAGGAGCUGCGUGGCGGGGCGUGACGGAAUUUAGGGAUGUGGACCAGGUCGAGAAGAGUGGCCCAUCGUUCACAAGCACAGAGAAGAGCGUGCGAGAUUCAGCUGCAGCGAGAUUCAAGUUGUUUGUCGGAGCUGCAGUCAAGGCCGGUAUAGUCAUGGAGCCUACAUCGCUUUCUGUAUCGGCGCUGAAGGCGAGCAUCGUAUGGUAUACAACACUGAAAGAGGACGGCGACUUCCUACGACUCCUCAGGAGGGGCGUAGAGGACGCGCAGCUUGUGCUGAUGCUGGCUCUGCUACCCAACAUGGAGGACCUCCGGAUUGAUGGACUGAGCCCCUUUCCGCUCCUCGACUGCACAGCGCUUCAGAAGGUUUCGGCGCUACAUAUCAAUGGCUCGAACACGAGCGUUGAAGAGCCAGUUGUCAAGAACAGUCUACAGAUCUUCGACAUCAUGCCAAACCUGCGGAGCAUCUACCUUAUGGCCAUCGCCGCCGGUGGUCAUAAUUUCACGACCAAAGCGCUUCCUUCGACCAGACUCGAAGGAGUUGUCCUUCUCAAAUGCGCAGUGAACGUUCGCCUCUUGCGUAAGAUCAUGAUCGGCCAGAGUCUGGUCAUUAUGGCCUACCGACCUGCUCCAGCUCAGGUCGAUGCAGUCACAGGAUCCGACAUCGCUCUACCAGACCUCUUGGCUUCAUUCGCGCAUUCCAAGCUCUCGCUGCAGAGGCUAAUGCUAUUUUCUUCUGGAAACAAGUCUGGAAAGAGUAACCUCAAGAGCUUCGGGAAUCUCAAAACACUGAUAAUACCUCUUUUGGACCUCCUAAGCAUCCCAUUUGAUGAGGCAGAGCCCGAUACCAUCCAUGCUCUCCUGAAAGACCAGCUUCCGGCUACCCUGAAGCACAUCACUCUCCGCUAUAUGACCAGCAAUAUUCAGACUAAGAUGGUUAUAGAACAACUGGCUGUGUUGAAGAUGCAAAACGUAUUGCCGGACCUCGACAAAGCAACCUUCAAUUUUAUAAGCGCCGUGUCAUCGUCCUUUGUCUCCGCGACUAUGAUCAAUAUUGAUGGUCCUACGGGAGAAUUCGCUGCAGAUACUACGUGGGAAUCACUACCAGAGAUGGAAAAGAUGGUUCGGAAAGACUGUGGCAAGCUGUACGAAGACGCAGGCAUCUGCAUGGUGGUAGAACAGACGGACCGCUAG